CUCCGUAUUGAUGUCUCAUCCAAUCUUGUCAGAAUUCGAUAUCAUUUUUGCUGGAGGUGGUACUACAGCUUGUGUUGUCGCAGGUCGCCUAGCUGCAUAUGAUCCCUCGCUGAGGAUAUUGAUUCUGGAAGCGGGUCAACACACCCUCAAUAAAGAUGCUCAUGUGCAGCCUUACCAAUUUCCCUUCCACCAAGCACCGACGAGCACCACGGUCACAUUCAACAUCGCAAAUCCCUCUUCUCGUCUCAACGGCCGUGGACCGAUCGUUUGCUGCGGUCGUUGCGUUGGUGGAGGCUCAUGUGUGAAUUUUAUGGUAUACACCCGUGCAGCUGCUUCUGACUACGAUGAUUGGGGAGUCGAUGGUUGGGAAUCUGAGAAUUUGAUUCCCCUCAUGAAGAAGAUUGAAACAUAUGAGGUGCAGCCAGAUCGUCCAACCCACGGGUAUGAUGGACCUAUCAAGGUGUCCUCUGGUGGGUGUAAACUAGAUAUCGCCGACGAGUUCAUCCACGUCGGCACGACCUAUCACAAGAGGCAAUAUGCAGACGACACCGAUGAUUUGGAAACAUGCAAUACAUACAGCCCAUGGAUGAAGUACAUUGACGGGACAACCGGAAGGCGUUCGGAUGCAGCCCACCACUAUGUCUACAACCAAGCUCAUAACCCAAAUUUACACGUCUGGGACGGAAAACGGGUCAAGCGUAUCAUCUUCGAGGACAAGCGUGCUGUAGGUGUCGAGUUCACCAGUGACCCAGUGUCUUGCCCAGGCGCGGAUCAAUCGACGAGUAUUGUCAAAGCAUCAAAGCUUGUUGUUGUCUCUGCUGGGGCGUUUGGUUCUCCGCGCAUUCUCGAGAGGUCUGGGAUCGGUGCCGAGGCAAUCCUCAAGCGAUGCGGUAUCGAGCAACUAGUGAAUUUGCCUGGCGUCGGAGAAAAUUAUCAAGAUCACAAUUGCGUCUUUGUUCCAUACUUGGCUGCCGACGACGUUGUUACCAUGGAUGCCCUCUGGCGUGGGGAGAGUGUCCUACAGGUACCUUACAACAGCCCAAAUGUAGAAAGCCUUGUGGAGUGGAACAGUAGUGGAAAGUCAUUGAUUGCACAAAAUGGUCUCAAUGCAAAAAUCAAGUGGCGUCCUGAUGACGAGGAAUUGAAAGUCAUGGGUUCAGCUUUUCAGCCACGAUGGAAGGAGUUUUUUCAGGACCGCCCGGACAAGGCUGUUGCAAUAUUCGCCGUCUUUGCGGGAAAUGUUCCACCCUCGGAUAUCCUUCCUCCUCGCAAUUAUAUGACUGCCGGCUAUUACACACUUUACCCCGUGUCAGUUGGAAGCGUCCAUAUCAAAACGACGGACCACGGCAAGGAAGAAAUGGACUUUACUACAGGCUUCCUAGAUGAUCCAUCCGAUAUUGUACCUCUUAGCUUCGGGUAUAAGAAGAUGCGCGAAAUUUUCCGACGCAUGUCUUCCUACCGAGGUGAAGUUACUGCUGGCCAUCCUGAUUUCCCUGAGGGAAGCGCUGCAGCCUGCAAAGAAGUGUCCGGGCCAGUGGACUUGAAUGCCCCGGACAUCAUCUACACUGCCGAAGAUGACGAGGUGAUUGAUAAAUUCGUCCGUGACAAUGUGCAAACGACGUGGCACUCGCUUGGGACUUGCGCCAUGAAGCCGGAGGCAGAUCAAGGAGUCGUCGACGCUCGGCUGAACGUAUACGGCGUGUCGAACCUGAAGGUCGCAGAUCUGUCUAUCUCGCCGUCAAAUGUUGGCACGAAUACGUAUUCGACGGCGCUUCUCAUUGGAGAGCGGGCUGCGAUGAUCAUUGCUGAAGAUUUGGGCAUCAAUUGCAUUUGA